AUGGAGAAAAAGUUCAUCUUUUCGUUGACCCUUUUGGGUAUACUCUUUUAUGGAGGAGAUUCCAAGUUUAUGGUGUAUAACACAUCUCAGGGUAUAGUCUCUGGGAAACUCAAUGUUCAUCUGGUUGCUCAUACUCAUGAUGAUGUUGGCUGGUUGAAAACCGUUGAUCAGUACUAUGUUGGGUCUAACAAUUCCAUUCAGGGGGCUUGUGUGCAAAAUGUGUUGGACUCUAUGGUUUAUGCUCUAUUGGCUGAUAAGAACAGGAAAUUUAUCUAUGUGGAGAUGGCCUUUUUCCAGCGAUGGUGGAGAGAUCAGAGUGAAGCUAUUCAGAAUAUCGUUAAGCAGUUUGUUAGUUCGGGUCAAUUAGAGUUCAUAAAUGGGGGCAUGUGUAUGCAUGAUGAGGCAGUACCUCAUUACAUAGACAUGAUUGAUCAGACUACACUUGGACACCGAUUUCUGAAAGAGGAGUUUGGCGUGACUCCCAGAAUCGGUUGGCAAAUUGAUCCCUUUGGCCAUUCGGCUGUGCAGGCUUACUUAUUGGGAGCUGAAGUUGGUUUUGAUUCACUUUUCUUUGGUAGGAUAGAUUACCAGGAUAGAACUAAACGCAAAAAGGAGAAGAGUCUCGAGGUUAUCUGGCAGGGUAGCAAGAGCCUUGGCUCUUCUGCUCAGAUCUUUGCCGGUGCAUUCCCUAAGAACUAUGAGCCUCCUUCUGGAUUUUACUUUGAAGUUAAUGAUGAUUCCGAAAUAGUUCAAGAUAACAUGGAUUUGUUCGAUUACAACGUGCAAGAUAGAGUUGACGACUUUGUUGCUGCUGCACUAUCACAAGCAAACAUAACUCGAACAAAUCACAUAAUGUGGACAAUGGGAACUGAUUUUAAGUAUCAAUUCGCACAUACAUGGUACCGGCAAUUGGACAAGCUUAUUCAUUAUGUGAACAAGGAUGGACGUGUCAAUGCUCUGUAUUCUACGCCAUCCAUAUAUACUGAUGCUAAAUAUGCUGCAAAUGAGUCUUGGCCAAUCAAAACCGGCGAUUUCUUCCCUUACGCGGAUCGUGCAAAUGGUUUCUGGACAGGAUACUUUACCAGUAGGCCAGCUUUGAAACGCUAUGUCAGAUUAAUGAGUGGCUAUUAUUUGGCUGCAAGACAACUUGAAUAUUUUAGAGGGCGAAAGAACUCGGGGCCAAAUACAGAUUCAUUAGCGGAUGCUUUAGCAAUUGCUCAACACCAUGAUGCAGUCACUGGCACAGAAAAACAGCAUGUGGCCAAUGACUAUGCUAAGCGGUUGGCGAUAGGCUACAAGGAGGCAGAGGAACUGGUUUCAUCAUCGCUGGCUUGCUUAGCCGAAUCAACAUUGUUUACUGGAUGUCAGAACCCAGUUACAAAGUUUCAACAAUGUCCGCUUUUGAACAUUACUUACUGUCCGGCAACAGAAGUUGAAUUGGUUCAAGGAAAGAGUUUGGUUAUAGUGGUUUAUAACUCCCUUGGUUGGAAGAGGAAUGAAGUGAUUCGAAUUCCCGUUAUUGAUGGCGAUGUUACAGUUCAUGACUCUAACGGUGUAGAAAUCGAAUCUCAAAUUCUACCUCUGGCUGAGUCAUUUGUAAACUUAAGAAACUACUAUGUCAAGGCAUAUUUGGGAGAAACUCCAUCCAAGACACCCAAGUACUGGCUUGCUUUUACGGUUUCUGUACCACCAUUUGGUUUUAGCACCUACACUGUCUCGACUGCCAAAAAAACAGGUUCCACCAGAUCAUCUGUAUAUACGCAUCAAAGUCAUGAAAAGUCUUCUAUUGGUCAAGGAAAUUUGAAGCUUACCUUUUCUACGGAUCAAGAAAAACGUACCAAUUAUGUUAAUGCAAGAAACAUGGUUGAGGAACAGGUUGAACUUAGUUACCUUUACUAUUCUGGAUAUAACGGAACCGACCAAAAAGAUCCACAGAAUGCCGGGGCCUAUAUCUUCCGUCCAAAUGGCACACAUCAUAUAAACCAUGAAAAACAGGUUCCCGUGACGGUUCUGCAUGGACCGAUAAUAGAUGAAGUGCAUCAACAAAUCAAUCCAUGGAUAUAUCAGAUCACCCGACAGUUCAAAGGAAAGGAACAUGUUGAAGUCGAGUUUAUUGUUGGUCCUAUACCUAUUGACGAUGGAAUUGGUAAAGAAGUUGCCACUCGAAUUUCAACUACUAUGGAAACCAAUAAAACCUUUUACACAGAUUCUAAUGGGCGUGAUUUUAUCGAAAGGGUGCGUGACUACAGAACAGACUGGGACUUGGAAGUGAACCAGCCCGUUGCCGGAAAUUAUUAUCCAAUUAAUCUCGGGAUAUACAUAAAGGAUAAUAAAACAGAAUUCUCGGUUUUGGUGGAUAGAGCUAUCGGAGGAUCCAGCUUAGAAGAUGGACAAAUCGAGUUGAUGCUCCACAGGAGAUUGUUGCUCGAUGAUUCAAGAGGUGUCGCAGAGGCCCUAAAUGAAACAGACUGUGUUGCUGACAAUUGCAGGGGUCUAACUGUCCAAGGUAAAUAUUAUUAUAGAAUCGAUCCCUUGGGCGAGGGAGCUAAGUGGCGCCGUACUUUUGGCCAGGAAAUGUAUUCUCCACUUUUGUUAGCCUUUUCUGAAAAGGAUGAUAAAGAUGCCUGGACGAAUAGCCGUGUAACCACCUUUUCAGGAUUUGAUUCUUCUUACACAUUACCAGAAAACAUUGCUAUUAUAACAUUACAGGAACUUGAUCACGGGACAGUUCUCCUUCGAUUAGCGCAUUUAUAUGAGAUUGAAGAAGACAAGGAUCUGUCUGUAAAAACGAGUGUGGAACUGAAAAGGCUCUUCUCAGGAAAGAAGAUCAAAGAAGUGAAAGAAAUGAGCUUAUCUGCAAAUCAAGAAAGGAAAGAGAUGGAGAAGAAAAGACUUGUUUGGAAAGCAGAAGGAUCCUCUGGAAAUGAAGGUGUUUCAAGGGGAGGAGCAGUUGAUCCAAAAGAGCUUAUUGUGGAGCUUGCUCCAAUGGAAAUUCGCAGUUUUAUGAUUUACUUUGAUUAUAGUAACCAUCUUUUUGAUGCAUUGUAG